CAUUGGGGUCCCACAUGGGACCUCAAAAGUAUACAAAGUUACACCCAUGAAGCGAGCCAAUGAAUUGGAAAAUGCACGGGAUAUGAGAGAAGCAGCCGAACUGGAAGCAAGACUCACCGUAGCAGCUGAAAACCAGCUGGAAAUGGAGAGACAGAAUGACUUCAUCGGGGAAAAAGAAGACAAUCUGUGCAGUCCGAAGAAGAUGGAAGGAACGCAAUCAUCUUCUACAAUUCCGGCUGUUGCUGUCAGUGUUAACCAAGUCCCCGCCAUUGCCGAGGUGGUUCACCGACCCGAUGACUCCGCUGGCGCUAGCUGCGGCUUUCUGAGAAAUCUUCCGCGGCUCGAGCUAACCAAAUUUAGUGGUGCUCCGGGAGAAUGGCCACGGUGGUUUGCUUUAUUCCAAGCCCUGGUUGGCAAUCAGGCAUUCCUGUCGGAUGCAGAAAAGAUGGCGCAUCUGCAGGGUGCUGUUAUUGGUCCGGCGCAACAAACUAUUGCUGGCCUGCUGUAUGAUGGUCGACUUUAUCAUUCAGCACUGACUGCACUUCAAGACCGGUACGGCAGGCAGGAAGACAUAGUGCAUGCAAAUAUGAGAACGGUAUUCUCCUGUCCACCGCCCACCUAUCUCGACCCUGAGUCUAUGGAUCGGUUCCAUGCUGCCGUCCACUCGGCUGUGUCAGUGUUGAAAAAUUUGGGAUACGAGGGGGACUUGUUUAGCACGGAGAAUCUUCGCAACAUAGUCCGAAAACUCCCAAUCGAAUUAAAGAAAGAAUGGGGACAUUAUGUACUGGAACUUGAACCGGCCAAACCGAAUUUGCUGCAUCUCGACGAUUGGUUACGGCGCCAAGUAAGAGUGGCCAUGAAUUUUGCAACGGUGACGCCAGAGGAAGAGCUCAGUAGGACACGAAGGCGUGACACCAAAGUAGAACCUAUUCGAAGGACCACGCUCAUUACGGAAGUUGGAACCUCCGGUAGCAGUUGUACAUCAUGUGGAGGUCAUCAUCGGGUGGAUUCAUGCCCCCGUUUUAUGGAGAAGGAUGUUAACCAGAGGAUAGAGUUCGUGAUCACAUCAGGAGUUUGUUUCUAUUGUCUAAAGGAGGGACACAGGGCUCGGCAUUGCAGAAUAGCGAAGCAGUGUGGCAUUGAUGGCUGCAGAAUGAGACACCACCAUUUACUCCAUGGAAGUCGCCGGGUCGGACGCUUCGCUUCGCCAACCGAAACGAGCGAGACUAAACAAGAGCGUGAUGUAACUGGGGCCCGAGUAGUUGCAGCUGCAUCCAAAGCAGAUCACGUCACUACACUGCUGCAGGUCGUUCGGGUGAAGGUACUGGGGGAACAAGGACGCUCGAGAAUCGUCAAUGCCCUCCUCGACCCGGGAGCCCAAACAUCUCUUUGCUGUGACGAGGUUCUCCGGGACCUACAGAUAUUAGGCGAAAAGCGGGACCUCCAGCUGCUGACAGCCGGGGGUCGUGAGACAGUGCAGCGCGCCCAGAGGGUGACUUUAACGCUCAUUCCGACUACCGAAAUGUGUGCACGCCCUAUACUCGUUCCCGAGGUAUUCUCAGUCCCUGACUUGCAUGUCCAGGUUCCGUGUCUUGAUAGGUGUUUGCAAAGCUGGGACCAUGUACGGGAUCUUGAUGUAGCUGGUUAUAACGGUCAGAAGAUUGAGCUGCUUCUGGGCGCCAAUAUUAUUGAAACGGUGAUUCAGCAAGAAGCAAGGGUUGGCAAACCGGGAGAGCCUGUUGCUAUCAAGACGGCGUUUGGCUGGGCGCUCGCAGGAAAUGUGCGGAGCUUCGUCCCGGAACAUGUGAAGCAAGUCAUGUUUCUGCACAAAACAGCUUUACAUGGAGAACACGAUUUUCUUCAAGACUGGUGGAGCACGGAAUCUUUCGGAACGAAGCACGGAACCGAGUUCCCCACGUCUGCCGAAGAUAGAAGAGCGUUGAGAAUUUUGGAAAGAACAACAAAACUAGUCGGAAACCGCUAUGAAGUUGGAUUAUUGUGGAAAUUCAUGACUUCCGGUCAUGGAUCGCGGAGUUACACCAUCUCGAGAACAUUCGCAUCCCUCGCUGCUAUAAAGCGAAUCUUUCGACAGAACCUACUGCGUACGAGCUCCACGUAUUUUGUGAUGCUUCGGAGUCAGCUUUCGGAGCAGUGGCGUAUGUCAGAAUGACAACUCUGAUUCCAAAAGGUGAGAAGGCAGCCACGUGCGCCUUCAUAAUGGCAAAGACAAGAUUAGCACCCCUAAAGCAGCUUUCUAUUGCACGGUUAGAACUUCAAGCGGCAGUGCUGGCCUGCAGGCUAGCCGCGUCCGUCAAGCGAUCUAUGACGUACAGAUUCGAUCGCUCCUUUUACUGGACUGACAGCAAAAUUGUGCUUGCAUAUAUACAACAUGAGAGACGUCGCUUUCAUACCUUUACAGCAAACCGUGUUUCAGAAAUUCAUGAUCUAUCAGACUGUGGUGACUGGCACCAUGUUCCUGGACACCUAAAUCCAGCUGACGCCUGCUCACGUGGUGCCUCAGGAGCGACACUCAGUGAUCUUCUUUCAUGGUGGGAGGGUCCAGACUUCUUAAAGGAGACCUCGACGAUGUGGCCAUCACAGACCAGCCCGCCGUCGCACCUCAGUUGUUCUGAUCCGGAGGUGAAGAAUUCACAGCAUGUUCUGAGCACUCAAGUACACCAAACAGUGUUGCCCGAUCCAGUUCGCUUUUCUUCAUGGCUCGAAUACACGAGAAUAGUGGCUUGGGUAAACAGGUUCAUGAACAACUUAAAGGCUGCUGUCAAGGGGGAAGAAAAAAUAUUGACUUCACUGAACGGCGGUGAGAUCGAGGCUGCUAUCAUAUCAAUUAUCAAAGAAUCACAAAGGAAGUGUUAUAUGAAAGACAAAGAUGCACUAAAUUCUAGCGGCUCGGUGGGGUCGGCGAGCCGGUUAUUGGAUUUAUCGCCUUUCUUGGACGACAAUGGACUCCUUCGAGUUGGCGGUCGCCUCUCGCACGCUCCUGUCCCUGACGCAGCUCGCCAUCCAAUAAUAUUGAGCAGUGGCGAUGAAGUGACUCGCCUGGUCGUACACGACGCUCAUAGACGGAUGUUGCAUGCUGGAGUGGAUCAAACACUGAGCGCGCUUCGCAGUCGAUACUGGAUCCCAAGAGGCAGGGCAACUGUUCGACGCAUGCUUCACGCAUGCGCCUUCUGUCGCAAUCGGAGAGCGAAGCCCUGCCAGCCGAAGAUGGCAGAUUUGCCGCGCCAUCGAUUCCACGCGACGCGUCCCUUCAAAGCUGUGGGCUUGGAUUUCUUUGGCCCAUUACACGUUAAAAAAUUUAGGAAGAUUGAAAAGCGAUGGGUUCUUCUCAUAACCUGCCUCAGCACCAGAGCGAUUCACCUAGAACUGGUGGAGUCCAUGGACACUGAUAGUUUCUUGAUGGCUCUAAGGCGCUUCUUCGGUCGCAGAGGCAGGCCUUCCGUUGUCUUCUCAGAUAAUGGGUCAAAUAUUUCAGCUGGCGAGAAGGAGCUGAAGAGUCUCACCGAACAAUGGAAUCAGUCACAGAUUAUGGAAAAAUUGAGCCAGGACCAAAUCGAAUGGCACUUCAAUCCUCCCACAGCGAGCCACAUGGGUGGAGUGUGGGAACGUCUAGUUGCUUCUGUGAAAAGAUCUCUGAGAGUUGUGCUGGGCAAUCAAGUUGUCUCAGGAGAAGUGCUAUCCACUGUGCUGGUUGAGGUUGAAAGUGUUCUCAACUGCAGGCCAAUAACAUACUGCAGCGGUGACGCAAGAGAUCCCGAGCCUCUAACACCCAGUCACUUCUUGCUUGGCUCCGCAGAGUCGGUUUUACCUCCCGGCAUGUUCAAUGACUCGGAAUUACUGAGUAAGAAGAGGUGGCGACACGCUCAAGUCCUCGCGAACCAUUUCUGGCAAAGGUGGAGGAAGGAAUAUCUGCCUACACUGAUUCGCCGCGGAAAGUGGAACAGCGAAUCUGAGAACCUUCAAGAAGGGGACGUUAUCCUCAUGGUGGAUGAUCAAGCCCCACGGGGGUACUGGCCUCUGGCGACUGUCACACGCACCGUACCAGGCGAGGACGGCCGAGUCCGUUCGGUGGAAAUCAGAACUGGAAGCGGUCUGACGUACCACCGACCAGUCAACAAAGUGUGCUUCCUUGAAAGACUUGAGUAAUUUCCUGGCUUCAACGAUGCAUGACUGCCAAGAAAGCUAGUGGUUCUUCCUAACACCCUUUCACUAACAUGUACACGUAAGCGCUGAGAUAGGUAUGUUCACGUACCCAUUCCUCUGCAUAUACUUCCCAUAUAGCCUGUGCAGCCCACCAACUGAUCGAUCACCCAACUGCCCGCCCGGAGCACGCAUGGACCUGCAUGGGCGCGGCGACUGCGACGCAGCCAGCCGGCAGCUGGGACGGAGAGGCACGGCGCCGGCACCACGAGGGCUGCUCACGGGAGGACCUAGCAAGAUUGAGCCGGUGGAGGAGCUGACUGAAUGCCGCCGCUGGUACCUGCUAGCAGCCGGCGAUGACUGCUACGGACUGUUAUGGACAGUUAUCACUGGAUGUGGCCCCUCAUCGCCACCGAAGUCCGACUGGGCUGCUGCUGCUCACUUAGGGAGGGGUGUCCCUCUGUUCCCGUUCGGCUGUUAUCGACUGCAGCAGUCGGAUGCCGGACAUGCUUGGACAUGCCGGACAUGAACAUAGAACACUGGUGGAUAAGCACUACAGAGUGACAUGUGUUAACGAUUGGACAAUGCAUGGUUUAAGUGGCAUAUCGCGUUCCUGCGCAUGCGGAACUCUGGUGGGGGACAAAGGCAUGCUUGCUAACGCGCGAGGAUAGCUUUGAAAUUUUACUGACAACGUUUUUGUAUGUUCAUGAUAAAAAUUAGCACGGCUUGGAAAGAAUGUAGGCAAAUGUUUCAGUUUAUAUUGCAUUUACAAUGAUGUAAUUUAAGUUGAGAGUGGCGAGAAAAUGAAUGGAAUAAGUUGUACCUAUAGCCGAAACGAUCGAUCGAUGUCACCGAACCGAAACGUCACCGAUAUGAACCGAGGUCAACGUUUGAAACCGCUAAAUACAUCGUGGAUCAGGGCU